AUGUACAUCAAACAGGUCAUUAUUCAAGGAUUUCGAAGUUACAGGGACCAAACUGUGGUUGAUCCUUUCAGUCCAAAGCAUAAUGUUAUUGUUGGAAGAAAUGGGUCUGGCAAAAGUAACUUCUUUUAUGCCAUCCAGUUUGUGCUUAGUGAUGAGUUCAGUCAUCUUCGGCCUGAGCAGCGCCUGGCCUUGCUCCAUGAAGGAACAGGUCCCAGAGUCAUUUCUGCCUUUGUGGAGAUCAUAUUUGACAACUCGGACAAUCGACUCCCGAUUGAUAAAGAAGAGGUCUCACUGCGCCGUGUCAUCGGGGCAAAGAAGGACCAGUAUUUCUUAGACAAAAAGAUGGUGACUAAAAACGAUGUCAUGAACCUCCUGGAAAGUGCUGGGUUCUCUCGCAGUAACCCCUACUACAUUGUCAAGCAGGGGAAGAUCAACCAAAUGGCAACAGCCCCUGAUUCCCAGCGACUGAAGCUGUUGAGAGAAGUGGCCGGAACUCGGGUUUACGAUGAGCGUAAAGAAGAGAGUAUUUCCCUCAUGAAGGAGACUGAGGGAAAGCGUGAAAAGAUCAACGAGCUGCUGAAGUACAUUGAGGAGCGUCUACACACUCUGGAGGAUGAGAAGGAGGAGCUCGCUCAGUACCAGAAGUGGGACAAGAUGAGGAGAGCUCUAGAGUACACCAUCUACAACCAGGAGCUCAACGAUACUCGAGCCAAACUGGACGAGCUCUCGAGCAAACGAGAGACAUGUGGAGACAAGUCCAGGCAGCUCCGUGAUGCUCAGCAAGACGCCAGAGAUAAAGUGGAGGAAACGGAGCGUGUUGUGCGAGAGUUGAAGUCCAAGAUUUCAGCCAUGAAGGAGGAGAAGGAGCAGCUCUCCGCCGAGCGCCAGGAGCAGAUCAAACAGAGGACCAAACUGGAGCUGAAGGCCAAGGACCUGCAGGACGAGCUGGCCGGGAACAGCGAACAGAGGAAACGCCUGUUAAAAGAACGACAGAAGCUUCUUGAAAAAAUUGAGGAAAAGCAAAAGGAGCUGCAGGAGACGGAGCCUAAAUUUAACAUGGUGAAAGAGAAGGAGGAGCGUGGCAUCUCCAGACUGGCUCAAGCGACACAGGAGAGGACAGACUUGUAUGCCAAGCAGGGACGAGGAAGUCAAUUCACCUCUAAGGAGGAGAGAGACAAGUGGAUCAAAAAGGAGUUGAAAUCUCUCGAUCAGGCCAUCAACGACAAAAAGAGGCAAAUCGCAGCCAUAAACAAAGACUUGGAGGACACGGAGACAAAUAAAGAGAAAAACCUGGAGCAGUACACCAAAUUGGACCAAGAUCUAAAUGAGGUCAAGACCCGUGUGGAGGAGUUGGACAAAAAGUACUACGAAGUGAAAAACAAAAAAGAUGAACUUCAAAGUGAACGAAAUUAUCUGUGGCGUGAGGAGAACGCCGAACAGCAGGCUUUAACUGCUAAACGUGAAGACCUGGAGAAGAAACAGCAGCUUCUUCGGGCCGCCACCGGAAAGGCUAUUCUUAACGGCAUUGACAGCAUCAACAAAGUCCUGGAGCAUUUCCGCCGUAAAGGCAUCAAUCCGCAUGUGAUCAGUGGUUACCAUGGCAUCGUCAUGAACAACUUUGAAUGUGAGCCGGCUUUCUACACCUGCGUUGAGGUGACCGCUGGAACCAGGCUCUUCUAUCACAUUGUUGAAACCGAUGAAGUUAGCACCAAAAUACUGAUGGAGUUCAACAAAAUGAACCUCCCUGGAGAGGUCACUUUCCUGCCUCUGAGCAAGUUGGAUGUUCGUGACACCGCUUACCCAGAGACAAAUGAUGCCAUUCCCAUGAUCAGCAAAUUGCGUUACAGCCAAAACUUUGACAAGGCUUUUAAGCAUGUUUUUGGGAAAACACUCAUUUGUCGAAGUAUGGAGGUUUCCACUCAGUUGGCCAGAGCUUUUACCAUGGAUUGCAUCACACUGGAGGGUGAUCAGGUGAGCCACAGAGGAGCUUUGACGGGAGGUUAUUACGACACACGAAAGUCUCGCCUUGAGCUGCAGAAGGACAUGAGAAAAGCUGAAGAGGAACUUGGUGAACUCGAAGCAAAACUCAACGAGAAUCUACGUAGAAACAUUGAACGUAUCAACAAUGAGAUUGAUCAACUAAUGAACCAGAUGCAGCAGAUAGAGACUCAGCAGAGGAAGUUCAAAGCAUCUAGAGACAGCAUCCUGUCCGAGAUGAAGAUGCUGAAGGAGAAGCGGCAGCAGUCGGAGAAAACCUUCAUGCCCAAGCAACGCAGUCUUCAAAGUCUGGAGGCCAGUCUUCAUGCGAUGGAGUCCACCAGAGAGUCCCUGAAGGCUGAACUGGGUACUGACCUUUUGUCUCAGCUCAGUCUGGAGGAUCAGAGGCGCGUAGACGCUCUUAAUGAUGAGAUCCGCCAGCUCCAGCAGGACAACAGACAAUUGCUGAAUGAGAGAAUCAAACUGGAGGGAAUCAUGACCAGAGUGGAGACUUAUCUCAAUGAAAAUCUACGCAAGCGUCUUGACCAAGUAGAACAGGAGUUGAAUGAAUUGAGAGAGACUGAAGGAGGGACAGUUCUGACAGCAACCACCUCAGAGCUGGACGGCAUCAACAAACGCGUCAAAGACACACUAGCUCGAUCAGACGAGCUGGACACAAUGAUUGACAAGACAGAGCUUGAAAUCAAGGACCACAUAAAAAGCAUGGAACGCUGGAAGAAUAUUGAGAAAGACCAGAAUGACGCCAUCAACCACGACACUAAAGAGCUGGAGAAGAUGACGAACCGACAGGGCAUGCUGCUCAAGAAGAAGGAGGAGUGCAUGAAGAAGAUCAGGGAGCUGGGCUCGCUGCCUCAAGAGGCCUUCGAGAAGUACCAGACCCUCACAAUCAAACAGCUUUUCCGUAAAUUGGAGCAAUGCAACACUGAGCUAAAGAAAUACAGUCACGUCAACAAAAAAGCUUUGGACCAGUUUGUGAACUUCUCCGAGCAAAAGGAAAAGUUAAUCAAACGUCAAGACGAGCUCGACCGCGGCUACAAAUCCAUCAUGGAGCUCAUGAACGUCCUGGAGCUGCGAAAGUACGAGGCCAUCCAGCUGACGUUUAAGCAGGUGUCCAAAAACUUCAGCGAGGUCUUUCAGAAGCUGGUGCCUGGAGGUAAAGCCACUCUGGUGAUGAAGAAGGGUGACGCAGAAGGCGGACAGUCCCAGGACGAGGAGGGCCAGGACAGUGAGAGGGGGUCCGGCUCCCAAAGCAGUGUCCCGUCGGUGGAUCAGUUCACAGGAGUUGGCAUCAGGGUGUCGUUCACUGGGAAACAGGGCGAGAUGAGAGAAAUGCAGCAGCUUUCGGGAGGUCAGAAGUCUCUGGUGGCUCUCGCUCUGAUUUUUGCCAUUCAGAAAUGUGACCCUGCUCCGUUCUACUUGUUUGAUGAGAUCGACCAGGCGCUUGACGCUCAGCACAGAAAGGCUGUAUCCGACAUGAUUGUUGAGCUGGCCGGCCAUGCCCAGUUCAUUACCACCACGUUCAGACCCGAGCUGCUGGAGUCGGCGGACAAGUUUUACGGAGUCAAAUUCCGAAACAAGGUGAGUCACAUCGACGUGAUCACAGCAGAGCAGGCUAAAGACUUUGUGGAGGACGACACCACCCACGGUUAA